AUGGAAUUAGACCGUUCUCGCUCAAUUUCUCCUUCCCAAAGCUCCAGUGACUCCCACAAAAAGCCUACCAUGAACCGACUAGGCUCAACUCCACUAUUCAAAAAGCGAAAUGCCCCAUUUUCCCACGAUCUCAACAUCCCAGACAGUGCUUCAAAAGCAUCGCGUAGGCCAUCAGCGCCUGGGAUCCCUCGAUCCAGAGAGCCAGAAACCCAAAUAACUCCAGAAAUAGCUGCAAUGGUGGUCCGACAAUACUUGCUACCUAUGUUUGAAUCUGACAAUGUCGGAAAAGGCAGAAACAUGUUUUUCGGGCUCCCAGGGAUGAGCGAUAUUAAUAAACCUCUAGAAGUAAUAUCAGGCACUGUAUACGGAGAACUAAAAUUGGCUGACCAGCUGAUGAAUCAGCUGACACAGGCCCGAAAAGAAAUGAACCAAAUCGGCCAAAAUUUAAAAGACGCCGAGCAAGAAAGGAAAAGUGUUUUAGCUUUUUCUAUAUUAAAUUAGCAUAAUUUUCUUAUAUAAUAAAUAAUAAAUAAUAAUUUAUUUAUAUAAAAUAGCAUAGCUGAGCUGGAAAAUGUAAAAAAGCAAUAUUUAUCAGUAAUAUCAGAAAUAGAAACCUGUCAAUACCAAUUCCAAGAAACCCUCUGUGCCCAGCAGCAAUCCGAUUUGAAACUGUCGUUUAUGAACAACCAGCUUUAUGAAUAUAAGCAGCUUUACGCCUUAAACGACGCUGAAAAUAAACAGUUUACUGUAGACCUCCACGAAGAAAAAGCUUUAAACGACAAGCGUAGAAAUACAGCUGCAGAGCUGGAGCAUGGAAACCAGCUUUUAAGAAUGGAAAAUGACAUCAUGUCAGAAAGACUUGGCGGACUCUACCAAGAGCUAGACAAGCUUUCCCAACGACGGUUUAUAGAAGACAAAUUAGUAGAAGAAACCGACAUUCUUGUCCAUUGUCUACGCAAUCUUGCUGAUUACUGCAAUAAUUUGUCACUCAGCUUGAUUUCUGCGAUGAAUCAAAGAGAUGAGCUUAAAAUCCAGCACGCUGAUAUUGAAGCUUUAACUGAAGAAAUCAAGACUUUAAGAGAUAAAUUAGUAUCUAAAAGCAAAGAAGCCAGAAAUAGCAUAGAAAAAGAAUAUAAUAGUGUCGUAGAGCAGAGAGAAGAAUAUAAGUCUAGGUUGUCGAAGCUAGAAAAAGCUUAUAAAGAUAUGAGUGAAAGCUACGAAAAACUCCGCCAGAAGCUAAAACAGUGGAAACAAAGAGGCAAACAGUACGGUGAACAAGAAGAAAAAGUCUGCAGCAAGUGUCGGCAGACUUAUACAGAAAAAGAAAAUUAUAAUUGGUCGUGCAAAACCCACAGUGGACAGUUUAAUGGAGAAAUGUAUUGGUGUUGUGGGAGAAAAGGAAAAGAAGCCUUAGGCUGUCAGACCUCAAAGCAUGUGUCAAAAGAAGACGAAGACGAAGAAGCAGCCAAAGAGAAAGAAGACGACAAGUUUAAGCAAGGCACGGCUAAGUGUUCCAGCUGCAAAGAAAUAGGUCACAGAGCCCACGAAUGUCCAAAAGACCCUAAUAUCAGAAGUGCCCUAGAUGCAGUUGACGAAAUUGAUAGAAUUGAUGGGAUAAAAUCAAGGAAAAAAGCUAAUGUGAAUAAUAUUGACGUAAACCAAAAAUUGAUGGGAAUUCUUAAUGCGAGGUUUGGGCAGAUCGGGUUUGGAGACGAUAUGGCCUCGUCAGCAGGGACUGAAACUUUGAGAGGCAUGGAAGAGGAAGAAGAAAAUGCCGAAAAUAAUCAGCAUGAGCACGACCCAUUUAAAGAUUUAUUCUGACUCCCCCCCCUCGAAGUUCGACCAAGAUAUAGGGAAAAUUCCUAUUUUUUUUGAAAAUUAACCCCCCUCAAAGUUCGACCAAGACCUAUAUAAAUUUACUAGAAAAAAAUAAGCAAUUUUUCAAAAAUUUUAAACUAUAUGGGGGUGAGCUUGCGAUUUUUGUAUUCAAGUUCUAAAAAAGCGUUACAAAACCAUCUUGCACUAUUUUUUCUAACCCUUACACUCUCUCAACCAUACAGAAGAAUAUGAUAAAUAUUUUUUUUUUUAACUACUAAAUUAUAUAAAAAAAAUUCUAUAUAAUUUUUUUUAAAAAAAUUUUUCUUAACCCCCCUCGAAGUUCGACCAAAAAAAUCUUGGUCGAACUUCGGGGGGCGGGGGGAGUGAGCUUUAGUAAAUGGUGUUUUUUUGAGAAUAAAAAAAAUUAUUUUUAAUUAAAAAUUAAUAGGGAUACAUAGCAUGAGAAAUGAAGUCAGCUUCCAAACAGAACAAAAUGCUGUAAAAAUAGAUGAUAUCCAGACAAGAGAAGAGACUGAAAAUAUAAGAUCAGGCAAAAGAAGACAGACCACUGGGUUUAGUAACUCGAAAAAUUUUAGUAUAAACCCAAGAACGUCAGGGCAGCCGAGCCAAGAUAUGAGGAGCCCAAGCAUUGACUCAGAUUUCAAAAUCCCUAAUGUCCCUGGUGUGCCAAGCCAGGACUUAAGAAGUCCCAGCAUUGAUUCUGAAUUCAAGCUGCCAAGCGAGCUAAAAUUAGAUUAA